CUUUCAGAAAUUUCAGGGUAAACCCGCCGGGGAUCAUGCAUUCGAGAUCGUGUUAUCGCGCCGAACUGGCACGACGAUGAGCUCAGGGAUUUGAACUUUGUCAUGGAAUAGUUUCGGGAAUAUAUAUGGUGUUUAUGCAAGUCCUGUGGUAGAAUAUGGCUGGAUUAAUUAUACACUACUAGUGUGUUUCGGCCCUGAAUGUGAUUCAGCUACUUAGAAUUUCUCGAGUAUUGGUUCGAAACGAGACCACUAUCGCUCAGUUACGCCUAUUGAAUUCGUGAACUUUUCGAAAAGUAUUCGUUCGUCAUCAUGCAGGGCAUCCGUGCCACUAAAUUGGUGUUCGACAGGUUCAGAACAUGAGUCGUAACUAGGACGCAGUAUGUGGAAAAGAAUACGGGAAUUCGUGAAUUCAUCACCUCCGGACGCUUCUGUAUCCGAUGGAAGCGACAACCCCGUCGGCAUUCUUUACGAUAGAAUCGCUACACCAAGUUGUAUCGAAGGCUUUUCUAGUUCAACUCCAUCCAGCUAUUUCCACGCACCUUUGCAGCCAAAUAGUUUGAAGGCCGUCUCAAGCUGGAAAGCGAGAACGUCGUCCAACCACGCAUCUAGGAAUGUAGCAACUCCCUAUGCUGUUAGGAAACGGCAUGUGCUGAACCCUUCUCGCGGAGAACCUAGUAGUCAUGUGAGGGAUGGAAUGAAUACAUCUCGUCCGGGUGGAAUACUUUCUCUGGAUAGUUUCAAUGAAUCUGAUUCGAGACCCAUGGAUCGGCUUUCUGAAACAGAUGGUUUGCAUACGCGCUAUGAAGAUAAGAAGGAAGUUGAGAACAGAUUGGUUGAAAUCCUGAUUGAACGAAGCAAGUUGGCCAAGAAGAGAGCCUUGCUAAGGGAAAAUUCGGAUUAUUCAUCGAAAAAACUUCCGAAAAGAAUGAGGAAGGACAGUUCUUCAGGCUCUGAUCGAUCGGAGGAUUCGGAUGCCCCGCCUGUUACCAUGCCCAGUCCGAUGAAAUCUGCAAGAACAUCACCUUCCACAUCGAGCAGACCUUUAGCUAAUGGUUCCCCGUCAAGAUUUUCGGAAAGAUGUGGAGUGCCUGCCAAAAAUGGCCAGAAAUCCCAAUUACAAAUUCCGGUUGAAAAUCUUGGUAGCGCAUCCCUUCAAAGCUUAGCAUGUAUGCCGGUGGCUGUAUCCGCAUCUGUAUCACCUAUAUCUCCGCCGUCCCGUUCAAAAAUUGUCUCGAAUCAUUUGCUGACGAACACUUCGACCGCGCCGCUGCCCUCUAGAAGUGUGCAAGAUGGGAUAGGUGGAGAGUAUCGGUCAUCUCACGCGAUUACUCUGGCGUCCACUUCAAAGCCGUCGAGAAUCAGCAUGGAAAAACCAGAAUCAGAGAAAAUCGAAGAACUUCGACAGAGUGCGGGAGCUAUUGAAGGAAAGCAGAAGACCAAUCUAAGGAAAGUUUCGGUCUGGGAGGAAUCUCCGACUGGAAAAUCGUUUUCUCUUCUGCCACAUCGGGGUGUCAUGAAAGUUCCGGAAGAACUGCGUUACUACCAUUCUCCCCUACCGGAGGAUGAACUGCCGGAAAAGAACGCCGAGCCGACCAAGCAGAAAAUUUCACCUCUUGUACCUGGCGGUCGUUUGGGGCCAAUUCCAGUGUCUCAUGAUCGUCGCUCCGCUACUCCGAAAGGAAUCAUGUCAAAUUAUGUGCUUCAGCGGGCGUUGGCGUCUGCGCGGAAAUCUGGAAUUUCAUCCCAGUUACACCGUGCGUCUCUUCUGACGCCGCAUUCUUUCGGUGUUGACAAAGCUGCGAAAAUGCUGACACCACCGAGAAGCCUCUUCCCAACAACUGUCAGCGAGUCGCAAGGCCCUGAAAUUUUUGUUCCUGUCUCAACGCCGACAUCUGUGGAAACCCCAUUUUCCAUCUCCGUGACUUCGGGUGUCUCGCCGAUUGCCAGUGUGAACUUACCAAUGCCUACGAUAAAGCCAGCACAAGUUAUGGUUUCCGGAAGCAGUAAUUCUGCACUGAUGUCAAGCGUAGUAAGUCAGCCGUCCACCGCAUCGCCGCUGCUGCCACCGGAACCUGUCGCGGUUGCCGAUGCCGAGAAACUUCCGGCGAUUUCUGUUGGACAGGCGACAGAAACAGUUGCGAAAACUGAGGCGGAUAAAAAUCCUAUGAAAAGCGCUUCCUGCUUGUCAGCGUUGGUUGGAUUCAAGUUACCGACAAGUUCGGCAGCUGGUAGUGAAACAUCGAAACCUGCUUCCGCUGUGCCAACAAAUGCUGCUCCGGAACUUCCUGCCGCUGUGCAGACAUUCGCCACUGCUACUCCAGUUGUAGCAGCUUCCGAAGUGAAGCCCUUUUCUGCUGGUUUCUCCUUGCCCCCCGCAUUUGGAGCUCCAGGAAAGCCACCUAUUUCGACUUCAAGUAUUCCUGCCGUUACGACGACGCCUUCGAGUACAUCAUGGAUGGUUCCUCCCCCAGUACCACCCGCAUCUUCUACGUUAGAAGCUCCAAAGUUCAAUUUUGGGACCAGUGUAACAUCACCUCCGUUAACGACGACUCAGACAACAUCCGUAGUACUACCCCCAACUUUUUCGUUCGGAAAAACCGCAGCUCCGUUUACGUUCGGUGCGAAGGCGGUCGUUUCAGAAGCAAAGCCUGAAGAAGUCGCGACGUCGAAGCCCUUUACGUUUGGAUCAAGUGCUGCCCCGACGUUCAAUUUCGGAUCCAGUGCGACGGGCUUAACGAGCGCUGCUCCUAGCAGCAGCAUUCAACCAUUCAAAUUUGGAUCGUCUUCUACGAAAAGGGACUUGGAGCAAACGGGAGCAGCCAGUAUUACAUCGGCGUUCAGUUUUGGAUCUGCGGCAUCCACAACAGCCAAGCCGGCUACAACAACGGAGCCGGCGCAGUCGGCAUUUACCUUCGGGUCAUCCGGAAGCACUGGUUCAGCAGCGCCAUCAUUCAGCUUUGGAACUGGAACUGAUCCAUCGAAGAACCUGUUCUCGUUCAAGGCUGGAACAAAUGCAGCGAAACCUACCGAAGCUGUUGCACCCUUCACUUUUGGAGGCUCUUCGAAGCCGGCUGAAAUGGGUUCGACUGGAGGAUUUACAUUUGGCAGUACAUCUUCAGCUGCGCCGGCUGCUGCACCAGUUGGGUCUCCUCCUGCGUUCAGCUUUGGUGGUUCGGCGUCAGCGACAAAUGCGAGCGGUUCGAGUGGGUUCGGUUUUGGACAAGCAUUGACUACCACCAGCCCAGGGUUCCCGUUUGGGUCAAAUGCGGCUCCUGCCCCGAAACCGUUCGGUCAACAGAAUGCUGGUGGUUUUAGUUUCGAUUCUAGUGGAAGUGCCACAAACCCGCCAGCCGCUGGCGUGUCUUCGCCCGCGAGUGGGUUUGCUUUUGGAUUGGGGAGCACUCCGGCAACUGCAGGUGCCCCAACACAGCAAAGUGGAGGAUUUCAGUUUGGAGCAUCUUCGACGCAGAGUUUUCCAUUUGAAGCGGGAAUGUCGGCCAGCGGACCCGCUUUCAAUCCAGGUUUUCCGGCUCAAGCUCCUCCGGGUGGUGGUCCGCUUUUCAGCGUUGGUGCUGCCCCGAAUCGACCGAAGAUCACUGCGAGAAGAAGAGCUCGUCGUUGA